AUGAGUGGAAAAAAGCAAAGUCAAAGGACCAAGAAUAAUGCCAGACCUUCAAGUAGCAGUCGCAGUGCUGAGUUGUUGAACCACUCAAUGAGCUUCGAUGGCGGGCUGAUGACCAUCAGUGGUGGCAAGGUGCUGCCCGCACUCUUCCCCACCUUGGCUGCUGUUAACAUUGACCAGGGGCUUAAACCGGAGUACCAGAUGUGCAUCAAGAAGCUAAGCAAGAAAGAUCCUAUUACAAGAGCUAAGGCCCUUCAGGAGUUAUGCGAGCUGGUGAACAAUGGCAAUGUGGAUGAUGCAGUGGCUGUUCUACCUGCUUGGGCACACUGCUACAAGACACUUACUUUUGAUACAGACCGUAAAGUCCGAGAAAUGACACAGCUAUGCCACGGAGCGUUGGUACGCAUGUGCGGGCGGCGUACAGCCCCGCAUCUCAAGGCGCUGCUGCCGCCCUGGCUGCAGGCGCAGUACGACGAACACGCGCCCGCCAUGGCUCACGCGCAGAACUCGCUCAUGAGUACAUUCCCCGAUAGCAAGCUGCCUGAUGCCAUAUCAUUCUGCAAGUCGGAAGUAAUGGCCCACCUCCUGGAGAAUCUCAUCGGUAACACUGAGUCAAUUAUCAGUAAAAAGCUAGAUGAAGAGGAUUUGUUCCUGAACUACCCCAUAAAUGUGAUAGAGAGUCCGGACGAGCGCGAGCUGCAGAUGUGUCGCAUCAUCACGGGCAGCCUCCGCGGGCUCGAGUACUUCGUCCCGCAGCUGCCCGCCGCGCACCACGAGUGGCUGUGGGCCGAGCUCGCGCCGCUCUUGGCCGCCGACGCCUACUGGAAGAUGUCUACGCACAACAUGCACCUAGUUAGGGCGGCGUGGUUCGGCGUGACGGGGCGCGUGGUGGAGCGGUUCGCGGCGCAGUUCGCGGAGCGGCUCGGCGCGCGCGCGCUGCGCCUGCUGCUCGCCGCGCCGCGCGGGACGCACGCGCUCGUCGCCGCGCAGCUCUGGACCUGCCUGCUGCAGUUCAUGCACAACGUACCGGACUGGCAGAAAUAUUUGGACAAGAAAGAGCUGCUGAUUAAAAGGAUAUUAGACGUUUUAGAAGCGGGAGGGUGGGGUGAUGCGAGACAUCUGUCGACGAUGCUGUUGCCACUGUUAGCCCACUUGCCCCGAGAUGUACUCACUAAGGAGUUUUAUGAAAAAUUCUUUAACGCCAUUUAUAAAGGGUUUGAGAAGAAGAAUAUAAUAACUUCGAAGAGUGAACGACAGUCGUGGAUUACUAGUUUAGCGGAAUGUUUACGAUACCUGUCCAUACAGGAGAACGACUUCGUCGUAGAGGUCGUCACGAGCGUUCAUAGAACGUGGCUAGAGAAGACGCUCUCCACCCAACAUGACUCGCAAACCAGAAACAAUCUCAUCAAAUGUUCGGUCACCAAUAUGACAUCGCUCGUCAAAUAUUGGCUCAAACAGUCCAACGAAGGGAAAAGUGAGAAAUACGACCAGCUACUGAGAAACUUCUGGCAGAACAUCGGCUCGACACUACUGACACAGAUCGACAAAUGUAGCACUGACUUAGUGGAGAUAGAGAUGCUCAUCGACGCACACAUUUUACUGCUGCAAUCUUUGAAGACGACCUUUUCGCAGGAGACAAAGAAACAACUGAGCAUUAAGUUCGAAAAGUCGGUCGACGACGAUAAGGAGAGCGUCGUCAGCGACGGGCCGGCCGCUAACCGGCAAUGCGACGCGACCGCCGUGGACAGAUACGAGCACAACUUGGACGAGCUGGUCCACAAAGUGAUAGCUCACUACUUCGAGGCGGCGGAGAAGAAAGAAGCGGCGAACGCGAUCCUGACCCCGGUGAUAACGCUGCUGAGCCAGUUCGACAGCGCGGACGCGUACCGUGCAGUGGCGCGGCGGCUGGGCGCGGACUCGGCGCUGGGCCUGUACCGGCGCGUGCUGCACCGCUGGCUCGCCGGGGACACCAUGCGGUGUAAGGCCGUCGUCGACAUCAUUUUCCUGAUGAUCAAAUAUCUGAAGGAGGAUGAACAGGACGUAGUGUUCGAUUCGUUCCGAGAGCUGACGCCGGGCGUGACGGAGUGGUGCCUGGCGCGCAGCGUGGCGCACCCGCACGUGCGCGUGCGCGCGGCGCGGCGCUGGCUGCGCUCGGGCGCGGCGGCGCGCGCGCUGGCCGGCCUCGCGCGCCGCGCCGCGCGCCACCGGGACUCCGCCGCCGCGCACCUGCUGCUCGUGUGCCUCGCCGACCCCCCCGACUCAGAGCCAUUGUUCAGCGAGGAGGCCGUGUCGGAGAUGAUGAGGACGGUGAGCUCGACCGUCGCGGCGGUGGAUGAGGUCGAGGCGAAGAGCGAAGACGAGACGGAGGGCGAGGGCGAAGGCGCGGCGCACUUAGAAUUCGGCGGGCGGCUCGCGGCGCGCCUCGUGACGGCGCUGGCGCCCGCGCCCUCGCGCGCUCUCAUGCAGCCCUUUUCCGAGCUCGUGCUGCACCUGCUCCGGCUCAACGUACUGGUGCCGCGCGGCGAUGCGCGGCUGCCGACGACCACGUGGUGCGAGGUGCGCUCGUCGUGGCUGGACGGGCUGGCCGCGCUGGACGCGCCCGCGCGCACCGCCUUCCUCCAGGACGCCGUGCAACUCUUCACUACACACAUUUUCAAAAAUAUAGAGAUCCUAGAUGUACAGAAAAUAGAAGACACCGUAUCUCUCGCUCCGUACCUAUUUAUCCGAGGUGACGAGUCCCAGCUGCCUGAUGAUCUAACUGAAAUCAUUACGUUCACCAAACAAAUGUUCAACAUGGACACUAAAGAGUCACUCGCCGUUGAAACGUGUGCGUUACGUCACGAGUGCGUCACCUCACAAUUGAACUGUUUAUAUGAAGACAAUGACGUCUCAAAAAUAAUAAUCGAAGGUUCUGCCGAAACUGAAAUACAGGAAUUAUCAAAAUCAGACGCUACUGUGUAUAUGAAUAAGCUUCUAUUUCGCGCGAUAUAUCUACGAACGAUGUUGUUACACAAGGCUGUUUCGGAGGACGAUGCUGACGAUAAUGACGCUACUACUUGGUGUGAUACUUUGUUGAAAAGUGAAUACUUAGAGACGGAGUUCUGCAAGAUGCUCUAUGACUAUACCAUUGUGGUCUCCUUAAACGAAGCCUAUACAUUUUGGCCAGAUUACAGUAUCAUAGAGGAAACUAAAUUAAAAAUGGACGCGGUACUCUCGGACAUUAUAAGUGCCAGUUCAGAAGCGUCGCGGCAGAAAAUAGUGACGUCACUCAAGGAAUUAGCCACUGCCAAGGGCUACUAUUGGGCCUACGCUCACAGGUACUACAGCGUCAGUGCUCGCAGGGGAGACGAUGGGGUUAGUUUACGUGACAGUGACGAGAAGAUCGAGGAACCUUCAACGAGCGCACACCUCCAUAUGAUGCAGGCCUGUAACAAGUUCGGUGACAGCUCGGACAGUGAGUUCCGAACGGCAUUCCUGGUGAUGUUCCGCAGUUUUCAAGAGCGCCACUGCCAGGAGCUUACGUCCGAGCUGCUCGAGGAGCUGGAGGCGAGUAAGGCCAGCUGUAACAUCGGCGUUAUCUUAAAGCACUAUUGCGGACAAAAGUGCUUCACACUGUUCGAUGAGAAGCUGCCUGAAGCGUCGUGGAGCGCGGUGGUGAACAGCGCGAGCAUCGCGGACGUGCUGCGGCUCACACUGGACAGCGAGUCGCGGCUCGUGCCCUGGACCUUCAUCAACCCAAUGCUGCACUUUCUGUUCCGUGCUGCGAGGAAGUCUUUGGACCGAUGGGGUUCCGUUAAGUUUUGUAUGGUGAUGCACGCGGCGCUCCGCCUGCUGGACGCGGCGCUGAGGGCGCAGGAGCGUGGCCCCGCGCCCCCCUCGCCACCCGCGCCCCCCGCGCCCCCCGGCCGCGGGCCCUACGGCGACUGGAGCCAGUACGAGAGCGACCUGUACGACGUCGUCUACUUCAACGUCUCGAACGUCUUGAACAACAAAUCGCGAUGUAUGACGGUGCCGCAGUCGACGCUGCUGGGCGGGCUGAUCGGCGCGCUGGGGGGGGUGGACUGGCACCGCUCGGGCCGCAGCCGCGAGCCGUACGCGCUGCGCCGCCUGGGCCACGUGGCCGCGCGCGCCAUGAUGGGCCCCGCGCACCCCGCCUACCGCCACCUCGCCCACGCGCUGCUACGCAACCUGGCUAAGCCGCUGGUCUACGACGACGCGCAAGAAAUGAUCGCGUGGAGUGAGAGCGAAGAGGAGAGGGUGCGUCCUGCGAACGCUCUGGACGCGUUUAACCUCUCGUUCGGGGAGCUGCAGCAGAUCGUCGACACUACGCUCAACAAUGUCGUGCUAGGAGAGGAGGUCUGCGAGUUGGUGAGCAUGUCGGACAGUCACAGCUUGGUUCUGGGUUGGCUCCUGCUGGCGGACGCGCAAGCCCAUAUGUGGGAGCUCGCAUCGGGGGAUCUCAAGCAAAUCUACGUUCAUAUAUACACGAAGCACAACUACGCGGGCGCGCUGCUGGCGGCGGCGCUGCGCCUGGUGCCGGGCGCGCUGCUCGCCUGGGCGCGCGCCGGCGCCGACAAGCUGCCCGCGCCGCCCGCGCACGCGCACAUGUUCCUGAGCGAAGAGCCCUUCCGCAUGCGCGCGGCGUGCGACAGCCGCGGCGUGCAGGCGCUGGCGUGCCGCUGCGUGGCGCGCACGGUGUGCGGCGCGGGCUGCGGCGGCGCGCGCUCGUGGCGCGGCGUGGCCCCGCCGCGCGCCGCGCACGUGCUCGAGCGCCUCGUCGUGGCCUACGUGGCGCCCGCCGCCGUGGCCGAGCAGUUCGAGCAGCUGCAGCGCCGGGCGCGCGAGAUCGACGACGCCGAGGUGCGCAUCUCCUGGUCCACGCGGGAGGUGGUGUGCGAGUACCGCGUGGAGGACAGCACGGUGGAGCUGCACCUGUGGCUGUCGCGCGCGCACCCGCUCACCCCGCCGCGCCUCGAGGCGCCGGGCUUCGGCGGCGCCGCCACCGCGCCCUGGCUGGCGCUCUACCUCACCUACCAGGUACGCACCUCGCGCUCUACCUCACCUACCAGGUACGCACCUCGCGCUCUACCUCGCCUACCAGGUACGCACCUCGCGCUCUACCUCGCCUACCAGGUACGCACCUCGCGCUCUACCUCGCCUACCAGGUACGCACCUCGCGCUCUACCUCGCCUACCAGGUACGCACCUCGCGCUCUACCUCGCCUACCAGGUACGCACCUCGCGCUCUACCUCACCUACCAGGUACGCACCUCGCGCUCUACCUCACCUACCAGAACGGCACGCUGUUCAACGCUCUGAAGAUCUGGACGCAGGCGGUGAACGCGCGCGUGGAGAAGGCCCCGCAGUGCUACAUCUGCUACUGCCGCCUGCACCCCACCACGGGCCGCCUGCCCAGCGUCACGUGCCACCAGUGCAAGAACAAGUUCCACAGCAUCUGCGUGCGCAAAUGGUUCAGCACGAGCAACAAGUCCAACUGCCCGCUGUGCCGAGCCAUCUUCUGACGUUAACCACACGCCAAACACAAAUUCCCUUUAAAGGCAAUCCUUAUACAAAACUGAGAAACUGUGUAAAAUUUAAAUAG